UAUUUUCAUACACAUUUCUCGUCAGUGGACCAGAGAACGGCAGUGGAGGAAGACGAAGAAGAAGAGAAGAAAGAAGAAAGGAGCGAACGCUUGUUGGAAAAGCACACAACAACACACAUGUCGCUUGGUGGGGAGUUUGGCGCGGCCGGAAACGGCCCCGUGCCUGCACAGGCACUGCAUCGCAUGGUGGACCCUUAUCUUGGCGGGUUUGAACGAGCACUAACACAGUGGAGUCCAAAGCUGCUGUCACUGGCGCGCAUUUGCAUCCUGUCUACCUACUUUGAGGAUGGCGUGCGCAUGAUCCUGCAACGAAGGGAGCAAGCACUGCACUUCAAGCGCGAGUGGGGAUUGGGGUACACUCCAGCCUACAUGUUUGUUUUCCUCAACAUGCUCUUACAGUUACUGCCGGCGGCGUUGAUUCUGUUCCGCAAGCACGUCAAGGCCUCCUGUGCAUGCCUUGCGGGCGUGGUUGUUCUUCAAACCAUUGCGUACAACAUGGUCUUUGAUCUGCGAUUUUUCAUGAGGAAUGCGGCGGUUGUCGGCGGGCUGCUGUUCAUCUUGGCAGAUGAGAUGCAGCAAGCGAGCAACAUCUUCUCCAUGCCCCUCUUCAUGGCCGCAACCUCAGACAACAAGUCAACAAACUGGCUCCAGCUUGCUGGGCGGAUGCUGAUUGUGGCCAUGUUCAUGACGCUCGUCAUGUUUGACAGCGGUCUCCGCAUCUUCAUCGAAGUCAUUGGCCUUGUGCUGGUGCUGGCUGUUGCUGUUGGCUUCCAGACGAAGGUGUCUGCAGCGGUGCUUGUGUGUAUGCUCAUGAUUGAGAAUGUGCUUCUCAACGCGUUCUGGAUGCAGCGCCCGUCCUCCACCGCGUUUGACUUCAAACUGUACGACUUUUUCCAGACGAUGUCUGUGAUUGGCGGGCUGCUGAUGAUUGUUGCCCUGGGCCCCGGUGGCGUCAGCCUGGACCAGUCAAAGAAGUCGCUCUGAUGCCCACCCAUGAUCAUUACAGCGGUGUUAGUGACGGUGAUGGUGAUGGUGAUGAUCUCAUGUCGAAAAGACAGCAUCGUCACGUGUAUGUGCCAUUACACGGACAACAAGCAACAACAAGCAACAACAUCAUCGGCUGCUAUCACCCUGCGCCAACCCUUGCUCCCUCGCCAUCAACCUUUUUGCUUGCACCUGCCUGCUUCUCGCUUGCUUGCACGUUCGUUCGAAGAAGAGAGAGAAAGAGAAAGAGAACAGAGAAGAUGAAACA